AUGACUGUUGUGCUGAGCCGCGUAUGUGUGCCGUCUGUCAGUGCGCGGCGUGAUGAAGAGCGUUUGCGAGCCGGAGUGUGUGUGUGCGCGACCACAUGUCCAGUGAAUCAGGGCAUCAGUCCGUGCUCCACUCUGACCAGCAGCACAGCGUCUCCCUGUACAGACAGUCCCUGCUCCACCCUGAACAGCAGCAGCGGCCGGCCGGCGCUCACAGCCGUCUGCAUCACCAGCCCCAGCUCCACCCUCGACAGCAAAGACAGCGGCAUCAUCGCCACCAUCACCAGCUCCUCUGAGAAUGAGGAGCGCAGCGGCUCCAGCCUGGAGUGGAGUAAAGAGGGCAGUAUAAGGAGCUGCGGUCAGCAUGUUCUGGGACAGACGGCCGUGCGGACAGACACGUGCUCUCCGGUGGCCGAGGAGGAACCGUCAGCGUCCGGGACAGGCUUACGGAUCGUCCCCAGCACCAAGAAGAACUCAGAAGGACCCGUCCAGUAUCCCACACAGAGCCCGUCCGGUCUGAUGAUGCCUCGGCCAAACUCAGUGGCAGCGACGAGCUCCACUAAGCUGGAGGACCUGAGUUUUCUUGAUGAACAGCGCAACGCCCCCCUGCGCACCUCCAUCCGCCUGCCCUGGCACAACACCGGCGGCAGAGCUCCACACGACAAAGCUUGCUUUGCUCCGUACAAGCCCACCGACAUCAUGCUCAAGCCGCUGCUGUUUGAGGUUCCCAGCAUCACCACAGACUCCGUGUUUGUGGGCCGUGAUUGGCUGUUCCAGCAGCUGGAGGAUGACCUGAGCCCCAGCCAAUCAGGCGAGAGCAGCGGCUCCGGAUCCAUCCUAGUCGGCAACGUGGGCUUCGGAAAAACCGCUAUCAUCUCCCGCCUGGUGGCCCUCAGCUGCCAUGGAGGACGCAUGCGGCAGAUCGCAUCCAACAGCCCCACCGCAUCGCCCAAAAGUGCAGAAGUGAGUUCAGAUGUUCCUCUCAGUCAGUCGACUCCUCCACUUAGCUCCAGCAGCACCCUGAGCUCCAGCAGCUGCCCGAACACACCUGAGCUCCAGCGCCACCGAGACCAGGCCGUCAGACGCCUCGCUGCCAAGGUGGUUGCGUAUCACUACUGUCAGGCAGAUAACACCUACACAUGUCUGGUGCCGGAGUUUGUGCACAGUGUGUCUGCUCUGCUGUGUCGAGCGCAUCAGCUGACGGCGUACAGAGAGCUGCUGCUGAAGGAGACGCAUCUGCAGAGUGUGCUGAGUCUGCGCUCCUGUGUGCAGGACCCCAGCGCUGCCUUCCGCAGGGGAAUCCUACAGCCACUCAUCAGCCUGCGCAAAGAGAGGAAGAUCCCGGAGGAAGACUGCAUUAUCCUGGUCGAUGGGUUGAAUGAAGCCGAGUUUCACAAACCAGACUAUGGAGACACUGUGGCCUCCUUCAUCACCAAAAUCAUCCCCAAAUUCCCCAGCUGGCUGAAACUGAUCGUCACCGUCAGGACAAACCUGCUGGAGAUCACCAGCCUGAUGCCGUUCUCCAAAAUCAGUCUGGAUGAAUUCCCGGACAACAAGGAGAUCGGGACGGACCUGAACGCCUACAUCCAGCAGCGCAUCAGCAGCAGCCAGAACAUUCUCAGCAACAUCUCCCUCAACGGCAAAGCAGAUCCCGUCAUCGUCAGCAAAGUCAGCUCACACCUGAUCUCCCGCAGCCAGGGCUCCUACCUGUACCUCAAGCUGACCCUUGACCUUUUCGACAGGGGUCACCUGGUCAUCAAGAGCGCCAGCUAUAAAGUGGUGCCCGUGUCUCUGUCCGAGCUCUAUCUGCUGCAGUGCAACAUGAAGUUUCUGAGUAACUCUGCGUUUGAGCGUGCCGUCCCCGUCCUGAACGUGGCGCUGGCGUCUCUGCACCCGCUGACGGACGAGCAGCUGUUUCAGGCGCUGAACGCAGGCAGCGAGACGGGCGAGCUGGAAUGGGAUGACUUCCAGCAGAGGAUGGAGACGCUCUCCUGUUUCCUGAUCAGACGGAGGGAUAAAACACGGAUGUUCUGCCAUCCGUCCUUCAGAGAGUGGCUGGUGUGGAGAGCCGAUGGAGAGAGUUCAGACUUCCUGUGUGACCCCAGGAGUGGACAUGCACUGAUGGCCUUCAUGUUGUCGAGGCAGGAGGGGAAGUUGAACAGACAGCAGACGAUGGAGUUGGGACAUCACAUCCUGAAAGCACACAUCUUCAAGGGUUUGAGUAAGAAGACCGGCGUGUCGUCUAGUGUUCUGCAGGCAUUGUGGAUCAGCUGCAGUACUGAUGGUCUUUCUGCUGCUUUAGCCUCCCUGAGAAACCUCUACACACCCAACGUCAAGGUGAGCCGUUUGCUGAUGCUGGGAGGAGCCAAUGUGAACUACCGUACAGAAGUGCUGAAUAACGGGCCGGUGCUGUGCGUUCAGUCUCACCUCGGGCAUCAGGAGAUGGUGGCUCUGCUGCUGGAGUUUGGAGCAAACGUGGACGUGCUGUCAGAGAACGGCAUGAGCGCUCUGUGUUACGCUGCAGCCGCUGGUCAUCUGGAGCUGAUCAGUCUGCUCUGCAAAAGAGGAGCCAAGGUGGAUCAUGUGGAUAAGAGCGGUCAGUGUGCGCUGGUUCAUGCGGCUCUGCGGGGUCAUUCUGAGGUCAUCGAGUGUCUGCUGGAGCUGCGCUGGAGCUCUGAGAGUCAGCAGGAGCACAGUCUGAAGAGCAGAGCGCUGCAGCAGGCACUCAUCGCUGCCUGCAGUAUGGGACACAUUCACGUUCUGGAAGGAUUAUUGGCAUUGAAUGAUGAGCUGUCGGUGCAGAUUGAUGCUCAUGACACUCUGUGGGGAGAAACAGCUCUGACUGCAGCCGCAGGACGGGGGAAGAUGGAGGUGUGCAGCUUCCUGUUGGAGCGGGAGGCGCAGGUUCAGCAGGUGAACAGGAGAGGAGCGUGUGCUCUGUUCUGCGCAGUCCGACAGGGUCACUGGCAGAUUGCAGAUCUGCUGCUGCAGCACGGAGCCGAUGUGAACGUCAGUGAUAAACAGGGCCGAACGCUGCUGAUGGUGGCGGCGUGUGAAGGACAUCUGAGUACAGCCGACUUCCUGCUGUCUAAAGGAGCCUCAGUGGCGUCGGUGGACAAGGAAGGGCUGACGCCGCUCAGCUGGGCCUGUUUAAAGGGACACAAGAGCGUGGUGCAGUUUUUGGUGGAGAACGGGGCAGUUAUUGACCACUCGGACAAGAAUGGACGCUCCCCGCUGGAUCUGGCAGCUUUCUACGGAGACGCAGACAUUGUUCAUUAUCUGGUGGAGAAGGGUGCUGUGAUUGAGCAUGUGGAUUACAGUGGGAUGAGGCCGCUGGAUCGAGCCAUCGGCUGCAGAAACACCUCAGUAGUGCUGACUUUACUGAAGAAAGGAGCAAAACUAGGCUACAGAACGUCUCCUUAUGAUCGAACAGGAAACGCAGCCUGGGCAAUGGCCACAUCCAAACCGGACAUCCUGAUUAUCCUCCUGCAGAAGCUGAUGGAGGAGGGAAACCUGCUCUAUAAGAGAGGGAAGAUGAAGGAAGCAGCUCAGCGUUAUCAAUACGCUCUCAGGAAGUUUCCCAGAGAAGGAUUCGGUGAUGAACUCAAGGCCUUUAAGGAGCUACGUGUGUCUCUGUACCUCAAUCUGUCCCGCUGCCGCCGGAAAACCAACGACUUCGGUUUGGCGGAGGACUUCGCAACUAAAGCUCUGGAGCUCAAACCCAAGUCAUACGAGGCGUAUUACGCUCGAGCCCGAGCCAAACGCAGCAGCAGGCAGUUCACGGCAGCAUUAGCAGACCUGCAUGAAGCUUCGAAGCUCUGCCCGAACAACCGAGAGAUCUGCCGUCUGCUGGCGCGGGUGGAGGACGAGUGUAAACAGAUGCAGCGCAGCCAGAGCAAACAGCAGAACCUUUCACACCCUGAACACCAGCAGCAGGAGCACGCAGAAGAUGACGACGACGAUGAUGAAGAUGACUCUGAGGCCUGGUCUCAAAACAUAUACUCCCUAAACCGCACUUCAAAUGGCCGAUCAGCAUCUCCACCACACAAACACAGCCUUCGCCAUCAACACAAGAGUCUGCUUCUACAGCCCAGCAAACAAGCGCAGAUCGUCAAAACCAACCAGCAUCUGGGCUCUUUACAGCCUGCGUCCGGGCGAGUCAAGAAUCAGUACGCUCCGUCCAGCCCUAUUCCUAGCCGGCACAUUUCUAGCGUGCUUAAAGCCGGACCAGGCAUCGAUAUUAGCCCGUUAGCGCCUGCAAAUGCAAUCGAAACUGAAGAUCUGCAUCACGUCCAGGUGCAUUCGACUCUAGACGGAGCCAAUGUUAAUGCAAGUCAGGAUUUGAGUAAGGACGCUAAUGCUAGCAUGAGGGUUUCUAGCUCCACUAGCAGCCUGGCGUCCAGCAGUAGUUUAUCGGACAGCGGGAAGACGCAAGGACCAGAUGUUCGCACCAAAACCAGAACGGAUAAAGGUAAAAUCAGCCAGAGCGGCUCUGUGGAUUAUAAACCGCGUCCGUUCAUGGGGGUCAUGGAUAAAACAGCUCGUUUUCAGCAGCCGACAGCCACUCGGAGCUGGCAGUCACACUCUACUGAUGGUGUCGUAGCUUCAGGGGGUGAAAUCACGUUUGCUAAACCGUCCAGUGUUUAUUAUGAGCAGAUGAAGGGGCCGGCAGGCAGCGGUUUGCAUAACGGGGGUCUGCAAGCCAAAGAGUUCGGCCAUAAAGAGGGGAAAGCGGUCUUGGUGCAUUCAUUUACGGACAGCAAACCCGGGUUAAAUCGAGAACACGCCACCGUUCAUGUAGCGUCCAUGAAACCAAAGAGAUCCUUUAUAGAGUCCAAUGUUUGAGAUGGUCGUAUGCAGCAAACACACAAAAACACUGGAGGACUACACGAGGACCCUUCACUACCAUUCAAAGGUUUGGAGUCUUAAAGGUCCAGUGAAAUAUAUUAAUAGUUUUAAGGAUAUUUAUUAGCUGGUGUGCUCCAAAACCACCACUAAAUUUAUGUUUAGAAGAUAUAAACAUCCAAAGCUUGCAGUUAGACACUUUCGCAUAAAUGGAUCAAGAUUUUUCACGUCACCUCAUACUUCAGUUACUCAUCAAAUCUUCUGACCAAUCAAAUGCUCUCUAGUUUCUGACAUGCUCUGCUCCCCUUCUUCUCAUUUGCUGCGCUUGAGAUCGACCACUUUCACUGGCAGAGCUUUGAUAAAACAAAAUGCUAUUGGCUGCUUUUUUUAAAGGGGAGGGGCUACUCUGUCCCACCCUCUCUAUUAUUUUCAGUUGUGAUUACGAAACAUCGAAUAAAAAAAAAGCACAAUUCAAAGCACUUCAUGAGACCUUUAAUUACUGCAUUAAAAAGCAGAUCAUAUAGUGUUUUAAAAUAGUGUUGAUUUAAAUGCAUCUGAAACAUUGUAAUUCUCUCAGAUAAUGCAUUUGAUAUUAGAAUUAUUAGGCUAUUACUUUGAUAUCAUUCAAGACAUAGCAUUUAUAUCCUAGUAAUAAAGUAGAGCUGCACAAUAUAUUGCUAAAUUAUCUUUAUUGCAAUAAUAAUAAAUGCAUCGGAGAUGUGUGUGAUAAAUGAGAUUUAUUUUAUACAUUGGUUGUUUAGCUAAAUUUAAUCAAUCAUAUACCGCUGUACUAUCUUUAUCCCCGCCUCUCCAGUAGUUGCUUUUCUGUCAUUGGCUGGAGCGCCCCAAUGGUGAACCAAGAGUCCGAAUAUGUGCUGAGGUUUACACUCAUUCAUAGUGUUUUAAAGACUAAAUAUUUACAGAUCGAAUUUAUUCUAAUUCAAGCUUCAAAAUUAUUUCACCUGUUUACUUUGUUUAUUAAAUAAAUAAAUGAUUUAAAAACAAAGCUAAUAAAAUAGCAUUUUUCUAAGUAAAUGUCAUAUCAUAUAAGAAAUCGUAAUACUCAACAAUAUUUCUCCAGUAUUGUGCAGCCCUACCUUAAAGAGCAUUAGUGUCUCCUACAACAGGUUUUAAAUCCAUCUAAGGUCAGAAAAUACUGUAAUUUUCUCAGAAUGUGUUAAUAUUAUAAUAAGUUUGCAGUGAUUUUAAUACGAUUCGUUUGAAUUAUUUUUAAUUGAAUUAAUUGAUGCAAAUGAGUUACUUUGAAUCUUCUGCCUGCUUACAUCAACAUGAUCAAAUAUAUAAUGACUCUUUAAGGUAAAGUCGCCUCUUGAGCAAAUAUCUAUAUUUUUCAGACACUUUUUUGAUGAACAAUUUUGCUGACAGAUCACACUAAAGGACAGCUAAUAAGAUUUUAUUUGUGGAGAUGACCUGCUGUUUAAUGCAGAUAACUCUUUCAUGCACUUGGCUUUUUUGAGAUUUAAUGCUUUUUGGCUGUUCAUACAGGGCUUGACAUUAACAUCCGAUAAAUGCGGGUAGAUUUCAGCUGUGGUGGGUUAGACAGACACCCCCAUUUUGGCUGGUUGAAAAUAAUUUUUAAAUUGUAGUUGUCUUAGUUCGACAAUAAGGAUAUGGCCCAAUAUGUGUGCAAGUGCGAUCUUAGAAUCGAGAAACGGCACGACUGACAAAAAUAAUUGUGUUCGCGGGAUCUAAAAGCAGGUGCAUACAGAAUGAGGGAUGAUUACUCGUGCGCACAGGUGAUGUGAUGCGGGUGCCUGUUUAAAAAGUUUGUGCGCUCCCGUUUCCUUGCGUGAAGCAACAGUGCCUGGAAACGCAACUAGUGCAUGGGUUCUCUUUGAAAUAGACUGGACAAAAAAAGUGAUGCUCGUGCACCCACAGUCAUGCUGCUUUUAAGAGCUCCAGAUGUCUUUUUGUAAGCAGCAGCUGUUGCUGUUUUCGCUUUAACCAUUCUUUCAACAGAUUAUUAAUGGGCCCAACUUUAACCGAGUGUGCUUGAUCAUCUUUAUCACACACGGUAUGUUUUUCACCUGCUUUCUUUUGCUUAGUUAUUUUUUGUUAAUAUGGGUUGCCAUUUUUUUUACAAUAACACUGCUUUAAUAGGAGAUUAACUCUCCAUUUAUGUGUAGUUAACUGGUGAUAUGAGACCUUUAAAUACAUGACAAUGUAACAAUGUCAAUUGUUUUGUUUUUUAAGAAAUGUUUAGUUAGUGUAUCUAUAUAGCUACUACAUUUAGCUUGUUUUGACACAUUUAAAAUUUGUGACUAAGAAAUAAUCAUUAUUUAUUUUUGACUAUGUAACCCUAACUCAUUUGCUCAUGCACAUCGAGCAAGCUCAUACACACAAAAGUGAACUGAAUGAGGAGGCAUGUGGACAUAAUGCAAAAUCUAAUUCAAGUCAUUUUAGCGUGUCAAUGUCAAAUUUAUGCAUAUAAAAUAUAUUUUCCCAACAACAAAAUUGUGGCUAGUGAAAAUGGCGAGUGGCUAGUAAAGUUGUAAAUCUACUAACCACAGUGGCUGGUGAUCAAAAAAGUUAAUGUCAAGCCCUGUUUUUUAUAUACACAUCUGUCUUUAGUCUAAUGGAAUGAAAACGUCCCAAAUACACUUAAAAGUAGUUGAUUUAUAGCACUUUAUCUAUUUGACUCUCUAGAUUUGAUUUCUUUAUUUCUCUAGAAAAAGAAAAGAAACAAGAAUUGUGAAGAUGGCUUGAUACGAUGGUUGGAUUUGUGUGCUAGAUGCGUAUGCAAAUUAACGCAUAAUUAGAUACUGGAUAAUUUGCAUAUUUCAACAGCAUUUAUGAAGAAGUAUGAAAGUUUAAAAAAUGUUAGUGUUUUUAAUGUAACUGGUGAAGUUUUAUGAUGACAAGUGAGUUAUUUUCACCUGCAGUGUCUUUGCCUUACAUCUCUGUUUAUCCUAACAGAACAAAAUUAUUCAUUGAGCAUUAAAUUAUGAUAUUAGAUUAAUUUAUGAAGGAUCAUGUGACUCUGAAGACUGAUAAAGAAAGUUCAGCUUUGAAUUAGGUCUCUCACAAUAAUCAAUAUGGACUUAUCACACAACACAUGACCCAUAUAGACCCAUACAUAUAGAUCACCCACACAUAAACAAUUCUAGCAACAUUUUAGCUGAUUGCACAACAUCUCUAUCUCUACUAGAGGUGACAGUAUUAGGAUGGCUAAAAACACUGAUAGCAGAUAUCACAGCCUCUGUUACUUUUUACCUUGCACUUUUGUGUUAACAUUCUGAUUCCAUAAUGCAUGAAUUAAAUUAUUAACAUGACUAAUUAAAUCUUCUUCAGAAUAUUUUGUUGGAAGAGUGUACUUGCAUUGUGAUGAUAUUACAUUGUCAUUCUGGAAUUAUAUAAUGAGUGGCAUAAAGUGAUGGUCUUAAGAUGACAAUAAUAUCAUUUAUCGCUAUAUAUAUAUAUAUGGUGCAAUAUAACAAAAUAUAAAUAAAGGCUACUUUGAAAGACUUCAUUUUUAAUAUUAUUUUAAAUAACUACUAUAUUAGUGUCACAUGAUCCUUCAGAAAUCAAUCUAAUAUGCUGAUUUAAUGCUCAACAAAUAAUUAAAGAAUAAUUCAAUAGUGAUUUACAAUAUUACAUAUGAAUUACAGGUAUUCGAAUCUCAAUCUUCAAGUGAUUAAAUACAUUUUACAAUAUAUCUCACACUUGAUAUAUCUUGAAUUGACAAUUAACAUAAGUUACUGCAGACUUUAAGGGUGCGUUCACAUCUGUAGUUCACUUCAUUUGGUCCGGACCGAGGGCAAUAAAUGAUACAUUGUAGCAUUUUCUGCCGUCUUUGGGUCGUUUUCACACCACACUGCUGGCUUUGGUCCAAACCAGAUGAAAAGAACCAAAAAUGCAACAUAUUUUCCCUCCACAUCCCAUAAUGCACAGCGCAUCGGCCUAUGGCAGCUGGAUUAGUCCAAAAGGCGCAGUACUUUUUGUGGUUAGGUCUAAUUUAGUGUGGAUCAUGUUCUCACCACAAACAAACCACUCCAGAGUUCGUUUGAAAGCGUACCGAGACCAGCUCUUCAAAGAAGUCUCGGUACGCUUUUUUGGUGCGCACUUGAGUACGAUUGCUGCAUUUACACCUGCCCAAACGAACCGCACCAAGAGGGAAAACGAACUCUAGUGCGAUUCCACCGAACUUAAUAAGCACCCUAAAAGACCUUUCAUCUGGGAAUCAUUUAUCGACCCCAAACUUUUGAAUGGUGGUGUGUUUAUAAUAAAGAUGAAAGUUUGGACACACAUAUUGCUAUAUUUCAUGUUGUAAAAGAUCAUCAAAUGAAAGUUGUUGUUUUUUUAAUAUGUUCAUAUGUAGGCACAUUUUAUGAUUGUCUACAAAAAAAAACUACUUAAGCCUUUAGGUUUUAAAAUAAAUCAUAACAACCGUAUCAUAUGGUAUAUGUAUUUUUUAUACACAUCAGACUGAGAGAGCAUUCAUAAAUAUAAUAUUGAUGCAGAAAUAUAGGGUUUUUCAUUCUGCCGUGUUUUCUCGAGCAUCCCCGAUAGUUAUUUUUUGCUUUCCAAGCCCUUUAAAAGGAAUCAAAAUGAACUGUAAAAGCAUCACUGAGGACAAUGAGGAUCUGAACUGACCCUAACUGUGUAAAUAUUAUUACAGCGUGUGUGUGUGUGUGUGUUUUCCACCUUGUAUGUGAAGAUGGUGUAUUUGAACAUGUAUUUUUGAGUUUUUCCUGCAGUUUUGGUUGACGUGUAGUUGCUCUGUACAUUACGGUUGAAUUUUGCCCUGCUUGUUAUUCCUGUCCAGAUUAAUUUAUUUACAGCGCCUCUGGCUUAGUAACUGUCAAAGCAAUAUAUUUUAUAUAGUUAUUUUUGCACAGCUACUUCUAAAGGAGAUAUGAAAGCGGUGGCCAUCUGAGCGCAUGCUAAAGUUUGUGUGAAGGAAUUGGAGGAAAAAAAUAUGACAAUUAUAAAAGUGACGAGUUUAUACGUGGGCAGAUGCUAUAUUUCAAAUGUGUGUGUGUAUAUAUAUAUAUAUUUUAUUUUUUCUGCAAUUGGUGCCUCAUGAAUUGUGAUCGGUUGCUGCAUUCUGUAUUAAGAAUGAAUUCAUUUCUGCCAUGAUCUGUCUAUGGGAAAUAAAACUCCCGAUGAAAA